ACUCAUCAGGCAAUUCAUGAAAGGAAAAAAAAUGUUUCAACAAAUCCAGUAUCAAAUAUAAACAUAAAAUUUGCAGUUUUCAGUGUUAAUUAAUAAAUUUCGUUAGAAAUGAUUCUUAUAAAUGCACUUUCAAUAUAAUUGCGAAAGAAACAAAAAUCUUUAAGUAAAAAAGAGCAACCAUUAGUGAAAAUGUCGCAACGGGGGAAGCGACCAAAUACCAAUGCUUUAGGUGUUGAAGGUUCAACGCCUGUGAAAAGAAGAAAGGGCCGUCCCCCCACCGUUUCUAUUGAUACAGAGGAUUUUGCAACACCAUCCACAUCCAAUGGUGGGGGUCAUAAUUCUUCAUCCGUUUGGCAAGCUAGACCACAUCUAGAUCUAAAAAUGUCUAGUAUUUAUAAUCGUAGUGCACCAGAAGCACCUGCUGAACUGUUUAGGAAAGAUCUUAUCAGUGCCAUGAAGUUGCCAGAUUCGGAACCACUUUCUCAUGAAGAGUAUUGGGUGAUAACUGAUCAAUGGAAGCAAGAGUGGGAACGUGGUGUACAAGUUCCGGUAAAUCCAGACUCACUACCUGAGCCUAUCGUGAGAUCAAUAAGUGAAAAUUAUUAUAAGGGUCGUCAAGACUUUAAGCUUCCGAAAAAUAAAUACAUACGUAUUACAAAGGAUGAAAAUUUCUCGCAUGAUAAAAAUUAUCUUUCAAAUACUCCUGCCAUGGCGGACUCUGUUUGCAGUUAUGAUCUUGAUCAGCUUGAUGAAGCAUGGCUUAAAGAAUUUAAUGGUGAGCGCAGUUUAUGUGGUCUCCCGCCUGUAAAUGAGGAACAAUUUGAGCGAAUUAUUGAAGAACUUGAGACACGAUGUCAUGAUAAAAUUCAAGCAAUAAUGAAAAGUGAAGAUGGUCUUGGUAUUGAAUACGAUGAGACUGUCAUUUGCGAUGUGUGUCGUUCGCCUGAUUCUGAAGAUGCAAAUGAGAUGGUUUUCUGUGAUAACUGCAACAUCUGUGUACAUCAAGCUUGUUAUGGAAUAACAACAAUUCCAUCCGGAAAUUGGUUAUGUCGAACUUGUUCGAUGGGACAAAAGCCGGACUGCGUACUCUGUCCGAAUAAAGGUGGUGCAAUGAAGUCAACACGAUCAGGACAAAAAUGGGCGCAUGUUUCAUGUGCAUUGUGGAUACCGGAAGUCAGUAUCGGUUCAGUUGAUCGAAUGGAGCCUAUAACAAAAAUCUCCAGCAUUCCUCAAAGUCGUUGGGCUCUUGUGUGUGUUUUAUGUCGCGAACGCGUUGGUGCAUGCAUUCAAUGUUCAGUGAAAACGUGUAAAACAGCUUAUCAUGUAACUUGUGCAUUUCAACAUGGAUUAGAAAUGCGUGCAAUUAUUGAAGAUGAGAAUGCUGAAGAUGGUGUGAAGUUAAGAUCAUAUUGUCAGAAACACAGUGUCAAAAAAGAACCAAAAAAUAGUGCCAAUGCCGAGAAAGCUUCAGCUUCAGCUUCAGUGUCAGUUUCAGCAUCGGAAGAUGAAGAAAAAGUUGUCACAAAUAAUAAAAAUAAAAUAAGAAAAGAAAUGACUACAGAAGAAAGAAACCACGCGAGACUUACACGUUUGGUUGAAAUACAAUCUGAGUUUGAUAAGCAUGUGAGUGUUAAAGAUAUAAGUUGUCAUCUGCUUGAUGUUGACCAAGAGGGCAUCAAUCAUAUUUACAACUAUUGGAUUCUGAAACGAAAAGCUGGUGGUAAUGAUCCUCUACUUCUGCCAAAGGCAGGCGAUGUUGAUGUCAUGUCGCAAACCGAUCAAGAGCAAGCUGACAUUGAGAAAAUGAAAAUGUUUGUGCAUUUAAGACAAGAUCUUGAGCGAGUAAGGAAUCUUUGUUACAUGGUAUCGCGACGCGAGAAACUUUCAAGAUCCUUCUUUAAAAUGCGAGAACAAAUCUUCCAAAAGCAAAUUGCUGUGCUUAGUUGUCAUAAAAAGACGACAAAACUUGAUGAUGCUUCAAUUAAAGCGACAAUGGAGGCAAAUCAUGGACCUUCCAUCUAUGACGUACUCUACUCUAGUAAAUCUGUUAGAGAAAAUGCUGGAGUAAUGCGUAUUGAAGAGAUGAUCGAUUCAAUACUUGGUCAUACCUCAAAUAAAUCUAACAAAGAAAUUAAUGGUAAUGUUGUUGUAAGAAAAGAUAAGCAAGAUGCAGUUAGUCGAUAUAGUAAAUUAUUCAAUGGAGGCACAAAUGCGGCAGCAGUAAACAAAAAAUUAAAUAAUAUUUACGAUAGUCUUUCAAGUGAUUCAGAUGUGUCAUCAUCGAAACAUUUACAAAGGCGAAAAAGUCAUUUAACUUCAUCCUCAUUAUCGGCAUCAUCAGCGUCAACAUCUGAAGAUGAAUUACCGCCAACAAUUAAAAGAAAAUCACCAGUAAAAUCAAAAGUUCAUCUUCCACCACCGCCACAACAAACAUCGAUAGUCGUUGCACCAUCAUCGACGCAACCAAAGAAGAAAGGUCGACCACCAGGCUCAACGAAACAAGCAGUGGCUGAAAAGCGAAGACAAAUGAAUGCUCUGAAUUCCACAAAGGAUAAAACAAAAUCAUUCAGUGUAGAUAGUUCAAGUGAAGAUGAUAACAACACAAGAAAUCACAAGAAUCUACGUACAAGGCCGUUAACGACUGAUGAUGAUCAAAAUAUGCAUUUAACUGAUGAAAGUGAUGAAUUAGUACCAAUAAGAAAUAGUAGUGGCCACAGCAUUCCAACAACAGGCAAUGCAAAACGUAUCCAAUCAUCUGCAAUUUAUUCCGAUAGUGACAGUAGUAGUUCCGACAAAGACAACAAAACUGACCAUACGGUCAGUGAUUCACAACAACAACCGUUUAGAACAAAAGCUGCAAUGAAAGAAUUCAAUAUAAAUGAAAUCUUGCCAUUUGAUAAAGCGAAAAAGAAAGUUGAUGUUGAGACAGUUGUUGAAACAUCGAAGAAGGUUAUUGGACAUACAAAGAAAUUUUCUGCUUUAUCACCGACAUCAACAACAACAGCACAAAAUAAGAAAAUUCCGCCACUUCGAAGAGAGUCGACAGCGAAAGCUUCAAGGAGAAUAUCACGCACCAAACAAAUCACAACGACAUCACUUUCAUCUGAUUCUGAAGUCGAUGAUGUGCCAACAUCAACGACGAAAAGUAGCAAAGAUAACAACAAAACAACAACAAAUCGUAAGAAAGAGAUUCCAAGUGAUUUUCUUGUUGUGCCACAACGUGAAGCAGCAAAGAAAGCGUCUGAGAAUUUAAUGAAAACAAAUUCAGCUCUAAUGGUGCAAUCAAUUUCUGGUACAGCAAGUGAAAAGAAUCGAAGAGAGAUUCGCGAGAAACUUGACGAAACGGUGAUGAGUUCAAAAGUAGGUGAAAUCGAGCGAGAAAAUCAAAAGGAAUCGAAAGUAAAAUCAGCUUCGAAGAAGGAUUCAAAGAAAUCAAAAGAAGAAACAAAGAAAGAGACGAAGAAAGAAAAAGUUGAUAUUAAAGCAACAUCAGAAGUUGCUGCUGAAAAGGAGAAGGAAGAUAAAGUUCAUACUGAUUUUGCAACUGAUUUUCUGCCUUAUGUUCCGCAACGACAAGCAGCGAAGAAAGCAGCUGAACAUAUCAAAGGUCUUGGCACAUCUCAGCCUCUUCCUGUUUCACUUCCCGUUGAAGAAAAAGUUAAAUCGUCUCUUGCUUCUACUAAGAAAGCAACUUCGGUUGUUGAGAGACGAAAGUCUGUCGCUGUUGAUUUAUCAAGUUCAAGUACAUCGAGUACAAGUUCAGGUUCUGACACUGCUUCAUCGUCAGAAUCGGAAAGUGAACAAGAAUCUCAUUCAAAAGCAACAGAAAAAGUUUCUUCACUACCUACAAAAGCUUCAACAAAAUCUCUACCCGCAAGACGACCGUCGGCAGCUGUUGGACUUAAACCAAAACCAAAGGAUUCGCCCUUUCUUGACAAGGCUGCGAAAUCCUCGGUUGUUGUUGAGUCUAGCAGUUCGUCAUCGUCCUCGGAUUCAGAUUCAUCGACCAGUGACCGUCCUAAUACGACACGACUAUCUGAAAAAGGAAACAAUCAUAAGGGAAGAGCGUCCACAAAGAAGUCUCCAAGUAAAAAAUCUUCAGCAUCAACAACUUCAUCCCCUGUUAAAAAGGAGAUUGACAAGUCAAUUGCCACUCCAAAAAGACGAACAUCAACAAUUGCUAAAGCGUCAUCGACAACAACCUCAACAACUAGCAAUCGAUCUCCACAAAAAUCUCUUCAUGAGUCAACAGCAACAUCUGAAACAUCAGCUGUUACUUCAUCACGAAAAAGAUCAACAUCCAUUGCAACGUCAUCAUCUAAAGUGUCAAGUAACAACAAUAAAUCCAGAACUACUGAAUCCAGUAAGGGAGAUUUGGUUAAAUUGCCAGACAAGGGACAAUCUUGUGUUGAUGUAAAUGAAGUGAAUGAAAAUGUUGGUGCCAAUAAGAAAUCUCAAUCAUCAUUAGAUUUAUCAAAUAAAAAGCGUAAAACUUCUGUUGCAAUUUCAUCACCAACAAAAGAUGAAAUUCAAGAUCAAGUCAAAGAACAACGCGACUCAACUCUUCGGCGUAGCAGUCGAUCGGAACAAAUAUCGACAACUAAAGUCACAGCACAAGAAAAAUCCUUGCUUAAGAGUCCUAAGAUUCAUUCCUCUCUUGAUUCAUCACCUUCAAAGUCAAAAGAAGCUCAAAAGUUGUUGAAAACACCUACGAAGAAAUCUCCAACUGAAGAAGUUUCACAAGUGAAGUUGACCAGUGCAAGUGAAGAUAAGACGAUGAAGAAAGUUCACGAUGAGAAGAAAAAUGACGUUGAUCGAUCUGAAGUUACUAUGGAUAUUGAUGAAAGUUUAGCGCAAAGGAAAAUCAUUUCUGAAAAUAAGUUGAUUGAUAUUAAGGAAUCAAUUCUGAAGCCUCCAACAUCUGUAGGUGCAGCAUCAUCAUCACCAAUGGUGUCAAUUCCAACAGCAAAUUUAAACAACAGUAAAACAUCAUCGGAUGAAGCUUUCAAUAAAAUCCUUCAAGAUGAUUCAAGAGUCCUCAACACACCAAAAAGUAUUUUCUUAAUUGAUAAAGUUGCUGCAAAAGAAGACACUGAACGUGAAACUUUGACAUUUAUUGAAAAAUUACGGCAAAGGAAGCCAAAUGUUGUUAAUAUUGCUGAUAACAACAACAUUGUCAAUGAUAAAAUCAUCACAGAAAAUCCGAUUAAACUUUCUCCUUGCAUGCAUCAGAACGAGAAUAAAAAUACUCCAAAGCGUGAAAUUUUAGAUCCACAUCAACAGCAACAGCAGCAAGUAACGAAUCCCCAACAACAACAGCCAGUAAUAAACAAAGCAAUUGGUUCACCAUCGCCAGUGAUAUCAAAGAAAGAUCAAGAGUUUAAUGAUUUAAAGAAGACUUCACCAUGGCAUCAGCAAUCACAUCUUAGCAGUAGCGGACCUGACAACAAUUAUCAGCGUAAUAUUUUAACAUCAUCAACAAACAAUAAUAAUAAAAUGAAUUCAGCAAUAGAACAGCCACCAGCUCCAGCUUCUUGCAUGAUGAUGCAACAACAACAGUCAAAUGUUGUGAAACGAAAUCAACCAGGAAUGGAGAAUGUUAAUUUAAUUAAUGAUUUGAAUCAACAAUUUUUGAAGAAUGCUACUUAUCAACAAUUCCCGCAUAAAGGUCCCAUGACAAAUGAUUUCAGUGCUUCGAUGCAUCCACAUAACAUGCCAGGAAGUUUCAACUCUUUCAACUUUUCAGACAAUGCUUCACAAUUCACUGGCGCUGUUAGUUUAUUUCCACCAGCUGAUAUGAAUGUUCAAGUGCCAUUCCCAUCACCAGGUCAAGCAAUGUUCGCUCCAAAUUUCACAAAUAACUUCACAAACACACCACAACCACAAAGCAAUGUCGAUCAUCCAUUAAUGAUGCCAAGUGGACUACAAAACAAACCAAACUCUGCUGAAAUGAUGUCAAACAAUCUUCGAUUUGGUGCGCAACAAAAUUUCUGUGCACCAACAAUUACUCAACAAUCACAACAACAGCAACAACUUCAAUCAUCAUCGUCGUCUUUGGUUGAUUUAGGUGGACGACAACAGAAAGGAGUUUCAGAUAACAAUCCAAACAACGAACAAAAUGUGAGCGAAAAAGUUGAAACACAAAAGAAAUCUCCAUCAAAGUCAACUCGUUCGUCACCGAGAAACUCAACGCCAACACAUGUUGGUGUGAAAACACCACAAAAGAGUCCAUCGAAGAGUCCAAGACAACCAUCAACGCCAGCUUUAACUGUCGAACCAAUCUCAAGACAAAAUUCUACGCAGAAAGGUAAAACAACACCAAAUAUCAAUGAAACGACGAAACAAAGAAAAAGUCGAACAAAUAGUCAAGCAUCGCCAGCAUCAACACCUUCGGAACAUCGUGGUGUCAGUGCUGGUACUACUGCUGCAAGUGGCGGGGGGAAAGGAAGAGGACGUGGAAGUAAAAAUAGUAAAACGCGCUUUCCACAAACAACAAUGCCUUUUAUACCAUUUAGUGGCAAUGAUUAUGUUACGAUUAAUAAGAAACUUGUUGGAACUGUCUACGAUUUCUCUGCGGAUGAUGAAUUCAAUCAAACAUCAUCAGUUGAAAAUCUAAGAGCGAUGAGAGAUCGCCCGGUUGAUAUGCGAACAUAUAAUUCUUAUGAUAGUACAAAUGAUAGUUACAAUAGUCAGUUGCUUGGUGCAUUUGCAUCAAACACUGUCGAUCAGACACUCAAUGAGAUUGAUGAAGAGCAAGAGAAAGAACUUCAAACAGCACUUAAAGCAAGCAAUGAUAAACAAAAAACGCCAACAAAUGCAAUCACAAAUGAUGAUAAAUCACAACAAUCGUUACUUGAAAUGUCGAAUAUUGUUGAAGAAAGUGUCGAUUCAGAAGCUUCAUUUGCAAAGGUAUCAUUGUCAGAUUCACGAAAUCAAUUGAAAUUGAAGAUCAAAGGUCCACUUGCCCAUCCAGAUCUUCAUUUUAAUGCUUCAGUUAAUCCAAUUGUUCCUCAGAAUAUAUCAAGUGGAGCAUCGAAACGUCAAAUGAGAAAGAAAGAGUUGUUGCAACAGUAUUGGAAUCAAGGAUUGAAUAUUGAUCAAGAACAGCCAAAUCCACAAUCAGUUGAACACCAUACAGUGUCGAAUCUUCCAAGAAUUGGUGGCAUUCCAAAAGCUGUCGAUUCGAUGAGUCUUGGACUGUUGAAAGAUGAAUUUCAAGACUUUAAUUAUGCUGAGUAUAAGAAAAGAAAAAGAUUUGCACUUGAUGUUGAUAUUGGAACAUCAAACAACUCUAAUGUGUCGAAUGCUGUCAAUGACAUUGAUCCAAUUGCACUUGAUUAUAAUAAGAAGAGAAGGAACCGUGCAAAUCGUGGUGGUCAACAACAAAUGAACACAAUGAAUGCAAAUCCACCACCAAAGCUUAAGAUUAAAAUUGGAUCUGAUAUUAUGGAAACAAGUGGAAGUGAUUUGCCACCUAAGAAACGUCACAUUGCAGCACCGCCAAGCUAUCAAGAUCUCAAACGUGAUUCAAUGAACUUUAGAAAGAAAAUGAUGGAUGAGUUCAGUGAAGAGAAGAAUAAAGAACAUAGAACAAAAGAAGAGAAGCGUGAGAAGAAGGAUAAGAAGAAAAAGAAGGAAAAGAAAGAGAAAAAGAAAUCAGUUGAGAUUGUUCAUACACCGGUCGUGAAAGGAGCUCCUGUCAAAUUGAUCUUGAAGAUAGGAAAUAAAUCAAUGAGUACAGUGUCGAAUACUUCAGCUGAGAAUUCAAACUCAAGUGAAUUGAAUAAAUCAGCACCACCGCUUAAACUUAAAAUCUCAAGAAGCUCACAAGGUAAUGGCGAGUACAAUAUUCUCAAUACAAAAGAUACAAUUAGCAAAGUAACAGAAAAGCAACAACCAACGAAUGUUGGAAACAGUUCAAUAGGCCAUUCUGAUACUAUGACGAUGGUUACAUCAACUCCUGUCACAAGCAGCAGCAAUAAUAAUCUUCAACCACCAAUCAUUGAUGCUUCCGACAUAAAAAAAUCAUUCGAAACGAAAAAGUUAGAAGUUUCUCUUGAGAGACUUGAAGAUAACGAGAAAAGUCUUUCAUUUCUUAAAGGAACGACAUCAACAGCAACCACGACGACGACAACAGCCAGCAAUGAAAAUUCUGCUGCAACUUCCGUCUCUAAAGAUUGUGAAGUAAGAUGA